GAUUCUACAGAGCUACGACAGACAACGAACAAAUUCUUGUUUUGCGAUUUUUAUAAAAUUCUGCUCCCGCCAAUCUUGCGACAAGAAUAACUUAUCUUCAAAAGAGUGCACAACCACGAGGAUAGACCGCCAACAUGAGCGGCCCAUUUAAGCUAAAGUUGAGUCUCAAGACAAAUGGAGGAACGAAUGCAUCACCGGGACCUUCCACACCUACCACACCAUCAGCUCUCACGCCUGGCGGAUCCAAACCGAAGAUAAAACUGAGCAGUAAACCUGCAGGUUCACCCCCUUUUCCACCUGCGCCUAGCUCAUCGCAACCAAAAUCUACAAAAGCAGGUCGAGCACCUAAACCCACACAGAAGCUCGUAGACUCGCGCAAGAGAGUUAAGAAAGAAGAUGACAGUGGCGAUGAAACUAUCUCUGUUAUACCAAGGAAGCCGAACCUUCACGAUGAACCUGCGAAGAAGAAAGUCAAGAUUAGUAUCAAGCCAAAAGCACCUGCCAUGGCUGGUGUCAAUGGACUUCCAAAGACACCGGUUAUGAUGAAGGCUAAAAUUAAGGGCAAACCACCGAAAAGACCUCUUGGAGAAGGUUAUGACUCUGAAGCCAGUGAUACGGAGAAAGAUCCCUCCAUCGAAGAAGCAUUUAUCUUUCGAAUGAUUCCCGGCGACGAUUGUGACUACCUACGAACAUGCAUCACCGAGAAAAAAAUGGGUAUCAAUCCAAAAGUCGGAGGCGCAGAUGUGCAAAUGAAAUUUUUUCAUGCCGAAGGUAGACGAGCUGCUGUUAUUAUCCGUGGAAAUGUCUAUGCCGCUACUCUUGUCGACUUGCCAUGUAUUGUUGAAGGAAUGAAGAGUUGGGAUAAAAGAGGGUGGUAUAAAAGUGCGGAUAUUUGUCAAAUGCUUUGGAUUUAUCAAAGGGUUGAGAAUGAAGAAGAGGCCAAAAAUGCCCCAUUGCCAGGAAUCAUUGAUCCACAAACUUUUCAAUAUCCACAUGGUCUUACUGCUCCAAUGCAUUUAGCACGAAAACGGCGUUUUAGAAAACGUAUCAGUAGAACUGCAAUCGAGGCUGUAGAGGAAGCGGUUGAGAAACUUCUUGAAGAUGAUCGAAAAGCUGUAUCCUCAGAAUACAAAGUUAUUUCGCCAGAAAGAGAACAAAGUAGCCAAGUAUUCAGUCCGGGAAGUUAUGGCGAUGAAGGAGAAGACCAGUAUUCGGAAGAUGAAGAUGCUGAAGGAGAAGCUGACGAUGGUGGUUACUUCUCUCAGAUCAACAACGCCGAUGGUGUCGCGUCUGGGGAUGAAAUGGGCGGGGAUCUCGAAGCUGAUCUCGCAGCAGAGAUGGAAGCCGAAUUGGAAGCAGGAGCAGGCUUUGAAGAUAUUGCUGCUACUCCUAUGUCUAUGUCAGGUGUCGCAGCCACUCCUAUGCUACUAGGCGAUACUCCAGCUCCCAAUGAAGAAGAUGACAGUGGUGAUGAAUCGAUUGAAGAUGGGGAGAGUGGAGAUGAAGGAAGUGAAGCGGAUGAUGUUGAUGACGAUGAAAAAGCACGCUUGGCCCAGCUCCAAGAAGCCAAAGAAGAUAUCGUGGAUUUGGAGAAACAGAUUGAAGGUCUACAAGCACAGUUGGCAGCUCAGAAUAAUCCAAUUCUGCGCAGGAGAAUCGAAGAUAAAUCAAGAAAACUUAAGGCUGAGUUGGAGAUCAAGAAAUCUUCGAUUGGAGAGGCAGAGGAUGAUUAGACACAUUUUAAAAAUCACUUGAGUAUUUGGGCUUUAUGUACAUUUAGGCGUUUUCACAAUAGGUGGGAUGGGACCUAAACAAUAUUCGGCGCUGGCUGGUUGUCUCUGCUUGGGUUGGACAAUCGGCGUUGGGUCGUUUUGGAAUGGAUGGACAGCUCAAAGGCUCUGUCUUAAUUCGGAGUUUGAGCCGGGUAGCAUGGCAUGGUGCCAUGCUACAAUGCUGCAUUUAAGGUUAGGGAAAAUGAUGAGCUACUAUCAAAUAGGUAGCGUCAUGUUGGACGACA